AUGGCCAUGCAAGUGCACACGACUGAUGCUAUUUGUCAGGGAACUGAUGGCAAAUUCCCACUUCUGGUUUUAUAUUUGAACCAAACUUGUGACUCUGCACAGCAAUUGCAGCUACAGAACACACAAAAGGUUGAGCCCAGUAAAGUGCCAGAGUACAUCAAGAAAGCUGCAAAGAAGGCCGCAGAGUUCAACAGCAACUUCAACAGGGAGCGGAUGGAGGAAAGGCGGGCUUACUUUGACCUGCAGACACAGGUAAUCCAGGUGCCACAAGGGAAAUACAAAGUUCUUCCACCCGAGAGGACAAAGGUUGGGGCUUAUCCAGUGGCUCUCAUACCAGGACAAUUUCAGGAAUAUUACAAAAGAUACUCUCCCAAUGAACUGCGUUACCUUCCUGUAAACACAGCCUUGUAUGAACCUCCUUUGGACCCAGAAUUGCCAGCGCCUGAUAGUGAUGGAGAUUCCGAUGAUGCAGAAGAUGGGCAUGGUGAGGAUGAGCGGAAAGAAGACAAAGGUUUUUCGGAUACAUCUUCUGGGAGUACAACAGGCGGAGAGAGUCCGACUGAACCUCAAGACGACUCGUCACAGGGAAAGCAUACACCCAAAGAAAGAGGACCACGUGCACUGAAAGAUGCAAAACGCAGUGUAACACCCAAAUCAGUUACUGGGUACAAGCCUAAAAGCAUUCCAAAUGCAAUAUGUGGGAUUUGUCUAAAGGGUAGAGAAUCCAACAAGAAAAACAAACCUGAGGCACUCAUACACUGCUCCCAGUGCGACAACAGUGGACACCCAUCCUGUCUGGAUAUGGUUUCGGAGUUAGUGGCUGUAAUCAAAACCUAUCCAUGGCAGUGUAUGGAAUGCAAGACGUGCAUUGUCUGUGGUCAGCCACAUCACGAGGAGGAGAUGAUGUUCUGUGAUAAGUGUGACCGUGGGUAUCACACCUUCUGCGUAGGAGUCUCUGCCAUCCCCUCAGGUCGUUGGAUUUGUGAUUGCUGUUCAAAUGUCCUUUCCAAAACCAAGAAAGGGUCAAGGAGAGGAAAGAACAACAAAGAAGGUUAAAAGAAUUAAUUAGUCCAAGGAUGGUGGCCGUUUUUAAUGUCGGUCAGUUAGCAGUGUCAGGUGCUUUCAUGAUCUCAGUGUGUUUUAUAAAUAUACUUUGUACGGAAAUUAUUUUGAAGUAAAUAAAACGACAGAAUGAA